AUGUCCGGUUCAUCUUAUCCUACACUUUCAAUGCUCAUUCCUUUAUAUAAUGCUUUAAUUGAUCAUAUGGAAGAUUAUAUAUUUGAAGAUGAAAAUGUAAAUGAAAAUGAAGAUGAAAACGAAGGUGAUGAUGAAAAUGGAAGUGUAGAUAAAGAAUCAAUUAUUAAAAAAGCAGCUACAAAUAGCUGGGAAAAAUUACUCCAAUACUAUAACAAGACGAAUGAUGCGUAUGUUAUUGUAACAAUUUUAGAUCCAAGGCUUAAAAUGAAGUACUAUAAUGACGAGACAUGGAAUGAUGAUCAGAGGAAGAAAAUUCACGAAAAAUUUUUAAAUGUUUAUAAUUCUACUUAUUCUAAUCCAAACUCAAGUUCAACUUUAAGCAAUUCUUUGAAUAAUGAAUAUAAAAAUUCAAUUACAUCAAAAAUAUUUAAAUGA